AUGGGGCUCACAGGGGUGGGUCCUGCUUGCUGGUGGGCCUCGAGGAGGGAGGGGGUCUUCCAUGGGGUCUCACCCUUUCUCUUCUCUUCCCAGUCUAGGCCGACAGGGUCCCGAAACUGGAGGGCCGUGCGGGACACGCGCAGGUACCGGCACCACUACCCGGAUUUGAUAGAACGGGACAGCAACGGGGACAUGCCGAACCUGAGUUUCUACAGAAACGAGAUCCGGUUCCUGCCCAAUGGCUGUUUCAUUGAAGAUAUUCUUCAGAACUGGAGGGACGACUAUGACCUCCUGGAGGACAACCAUUCCUACAUCCAGUGGCUGUUUCCUCUGCGGGAGCCGGGGGUGAACUGGCACGCCAAGCCCCUCACGCAGCGGGAGAUUGAGGCAUUUAAAAGCUCCAAGGAGGCCAGGGAGCGGUUUGUCCAGGCCUAUGAGCUCAUGCUGGGGUUCUACGGGAUAGAGCUCGAGGACCGAGACACCGGCAAGGUACGCCGAGCACAGAGCUACCAGAAGCGCUUCCAGAACCUCAACUGCCCCAAGGAGAGCAAGAAGAGGAAGCUGGAGGAGAACCGGCCGGAGCGGGCCCCGGGGGAUGCGGGCCCCCAGAGCGCCUCGGAGGUGGAGAUAAUCGCCCUCAACCUGGAGGGCUGCGCCCUGAGCCAGGGCAGCGUCGGGGCGGGGACCCAGGAAAUGGAUAGCCAGGACCCUGGGGAGACCGAGCAGCCCGGCCCCCGGCCCCCAGGGGCCGAGGUGGCCGACGAGGUGAGGAAGCGGAGAAAGGUGGACCAGGCGCUUGCCCCCGCAGGGCGCCCCGAGGCCGGAGGGGGCGAGAAUGGGGCGGAGGGCGAGGCAGAAGGUGACCUGGAUGUUGGAGAGGCCCCUAGGGUGGCCAUGGAGGCCUCCUGGCCCCAGGUGCUACCCCUUCCCUUCCCAGGGUGA